AUGAGUGCAUCGAGGCCUCCUGAAGAGGCCGAAUGCGCGGGUAUGCUAACAGAGGUUGGCGAAGACGCUGGUGGGAGCCCUCGUGGUCCCAACACCACUGAAGCACCAACCAAGGAGUCCGCGAUGACAACAGGCGCUAAACAAUUGGGGGGCAAAGGCAAGGAAAUGCCGGGCGCACUGGAAGUCUCAGAGAAUACUUCGGCGGCGAAGACCAAGCCAGCCAUAGCUGAGCAAAAAUCAAUGAUGAAGAAGUUGAAGGACCUCCUUGGCGAUGAUCCAUGGGCGGCUCUCAGGCAUGCGAACAAAUAUGACGCCCUUCUGCUUGCAUUGGGAACAAUCGCGAGCCUCACCCUCGGUGCAUUGCUGUUGAUAGCGUUCGUGGGCGGGUCGAUUGCUACGGCAUGCUUUGAAAUCGUCGCGGAUAGGCAGGCCAAAGCAUUUAAAGAAAGUUACUUCAAGGCUAUCGUACGACAGGAAAUGGCGUGGUUUGACCAGAGCAGCGUCGGAAGUCUAGCCUCGCGCAUGGAGGCAAAUGUGGCUUCAAUUCGCAGCGGUGUCGGGCUCAAACUGGCUAUGCUUAUUCAACUGGCUACCACAGUGGUUGGCGCUCUGGUGGUUGGCUUUAUCAAGAGCUGGAAGCUAACGCUAGUUUGUGCAGCGGCAGUGCCAGUUGUCGCAAGUUUUGGAGGUUUGGUCGCCUGGGCUGUUCACAAGCAAGAAAGGGACACAUUGGACUCUUACUCCUCUGCGGGAAGCGUCAGCGAGGAGGCGAUAAUGGCCAUACGAACAGUUGUGUCUUUGGGGUUGGAGGGACGCAUGGCUGAGAAAUACCGAAGCAAACUCCGGGACGCCGAACGGGCUGGAAUACGGGGAGGAUUUUGGGUUGCGCUGGGAUUGGGGGGCCUGAUGGUAUCCGUGUUCCUAAUGGCCUCCAUGGGCUUGUGGUACGGGGGACAUCUGCUCGCGGACAGCACCGAGGAGGCCAUCGCAAGGUGCCCCCGCGCAUCGGGGUGGCGCGUCGUUCUUGCACAUGAUGCAUGCUUUGCCUUUGCCUUUUCCUGCCUCCAGGCAAACACCGCAGCGAUGGAUUUGGAAACAGUGAUACGACGAACUUCAGCCAUCGACCCCCUCGCGAGCGGCGGCCGUACUGACGUGAAAUUGGAUGGAGACAUUGAAUUCAAGAACGUUUCCUUUUCGUACCCUACCCGUCCGGAACGGCCCGUUUUCACCGAUUUGAAUCUCCGUAUCCCAGCUGGGAAGUGCGUUGCACUGGUGGGAGGCUCUGGCUGUGGCAAGUCGACGAUUUUGCAACUUCUUCAACGCGUUUAUGAUUGCGAGCAAGGAACUGUAACGGUUAGUGGCGUGCCCAUCAAGGAGAUCAAUGUCAAGACGCUAAGGCGGCAGAUGGGUGUUGUGAGUCAAGAGCCACGCCUUUUCUCUGCGACGGUGAAGCAGAAUAUUGAAUUAGGCUCGCCGGAUCCGGUGACAUUGGAACAGGUUGUAGAAGCAGCGAAGCAAGCAAACGCUGACGGAUUUAUCACCCGUUUCCCAGACGGAUACGAGACAGACUGCGGCGCCUAUGGAGGGCACCUUUCGGGCGGUCAGAAACAGCGUAUUGCCAUCGCAAGAGCUCUGAUCCGUCGCCCAAACAUACUGAUAUUUGACGAAGCCACUUCCGCUUUGGACAGCCAGUCUGAAAGGGUUGUUCAGGAUGCUCUGGACGCUUUGGUGAAAACGACCAAAGCUACAACGUUGAUCGUUGCUCACCGGCUAAGUACCAUCCAGAACGCGGACUUAAUCAUUGUCUUGGAACCGUCUGCCACUCAUGGAGCUACCGUUGUGCAGCAGGGGACUCACCACGAGCUAAUGAAGGACACUGAAGGGCUGUAUUACCACAUGGUGUCCAGUCAAGUUGUUCCCAAGAUUGAUGACGAUAAGGAAGACAGCGCCGUGCAGGAAACGAUGUCGGUGCAUCCCGAGUCUGAGCAAGGUGAUGCCGCUGGCGCUCCUAACGUUCAGGAGAGACGUAUGUCUGCGGAUUUUUUGAGUGCAUCUAUUGCCAAGGCAUCUCGAUCAAUGGCUAAGAGCCCGAACUGCCGCACUUACAGACUCAUUUUGGAAGAUUGGCCGGUCGUGAUCUUGACUUUCGCUGCGGCAAUCUGCGCGGGGAUUAUCUUCCCUGUUUUUGGCUAUAGCUUCGCCCAGUUUAUCGGCACGUACUUCAGCCCCGACCCUCAAGCGAUCCGCGAUGGAGCUUCGAAAUGGGCUGUGGUACUAGUUGGUCUGGGUUUUGCCCACGGUCUAUCUGAUGCGAUCAAGAUUUGCGGCAUAGACUAUUGCGGGUAUAAAGUUGCAACGCGGUUGCGAGAAAAGGCAUUCACCCAAACUAUACAUCAGGAUGUCGCGUUCUUUGACUUGCCAGAUAAUAAUGCAGGUGCGCACCCGGGAUCCGUGCAUCCCUCAGCCAUCAGUCCUUGCGGAAAUGUCUCCAGCAUCCUCAGUGCAGAUGUGCUCGAUGUAAAGGUUGGCUGCACUGGCAACGUUGUCUCCGUGGUUCAGGUGCUUGCUUCGCUUGUGGCAGGUCUCAUCAUCGCAUUCACUGGAGAGUGGAGACUGGCUUUGGUAAUGCUUGCGUUUUGCGUUCUAUUGCUCCCCGCUAACGUUAUCGAAGCUAAGUUCACCAACCCAGGGGUGUCUCCAAAAGGGCGGCGUGGUGGUCCAAUCAAGGGAGCUUCAGUGAUCAUGAACCAAGCAACCGCUGGCAUCAAGGUCGUUAGUGCUUUUGGGCUGGAGGAGGCGUUCAUCAAGUCCUACGUUGAAAGCGUUGAUGCGGAACAAGCAACGAAGGUCAGGGAAGCGCUGGUCCUGGGUAUCGCUUACGGCUUCAGUCAGGCGUCCGACAUUGAUGUACGCGAUUCGGGAGGGAAAAUUGUGAGCCACGAAAACUUCACAGGGAAUGUCGACUUCGAUCAAGUCAACUUCACCUACCCAACGAGACCAGAAAACAGAGUCUACAGAAAUCUCUCCUUCUCUAUCAAGGAAGGCGAAUCUGUUGCGCUAGUUGGAGCGUCGGGUUGUGGAAAGUCCACCAUUGUGCAGCUGGUGGAACGCUUUUAUGACUUAAAGAGCAACUUCAGUGUCCAAACAGAAACGCAACGAAAAGCGUCUGCGUCAGAGGGCGGACCAACGCACAGAACCGCAGACGCUGGGGGGAAGAUUAUGUUCGACGGCGAGGACCUUCGCGAGCUCAAUGUUGUGUCUGUUCGUCAGCAAGAGGGACUGGUUAGCCAGGAACCCGUCCUAUUUGACAUGACAGUUGAGGAGAACAUCGCUGCGUCAAAACCAGGAGCCACUGAGGUGCAUUUAUAA